AUGAUCACUAUAGCUAAAAAAAACCUAAUCCUUCAACCCAGGAAGUUAGUUAUCUCAGACAUCUACUGCGCCCCCUCCACCAUCCACGGCUGGGGCGUCUUCGCUGGUAGAGAUUUCCGAAGAGGGGAAAUCCUCCAUGAAUCGCCGGGGAGGCUGAUUGAGGGGCAGCCGGAAUGUAUCACGGACGAUGUCUUCGCAACCACGCAAGUCCUCUGGGAGAACGAGGCAAAGAACUACUCGAUCUUCGGCUUGGGCUUUGCGUCGCUGCACAACCAUGCGGAGGAUCCGAACACCGAGUUCUCCUGGGAGCAGCGAAGGGAGCAUGGACGCCGGCUGGUGGGCCGAUUCUAUACCCUGAG